CUAGCACCCGUGCCAGCCGCUCCAGAGUUACCAGCUUUCGUAAUGCCUGAACUCCCCGCAAUUGAAAUGGUAGAACUAGAAAUGCCCAAGCCUGUUACCCCGUGCCUAGAAGAUGAGCUAAUUCCAGCGCCGAUUCCGGCUUACGUCAAACCGCUCGCACCUGUGCCAGCCGCUCCUGAGUUACCAGGUUUCGUAAUGCCGGAGCUUCCCGCAAUUCAAAUGGUAGAACUAGAAUUACCCAAGCCAGCUGCCCCGUACCUAGAAGAUGAGCCAAUUCCAGCGCCGAUUCCCGUUUACAUCGAACCAGUCGCACCUGUGCCGGCCGCUCCAGAGUUACCAGCUUUCGUUAUGCCUGCACUGCCCGCAAUUCAAAUGGUAGAACUAGAAAUACCCAAGCCAGCUGCCCCGUGCCUAGAAGAUGAGCCAAUUCCAGCGCCGAUUCCCGUUUACAUCGAACCAGUCGCACCUGUGCCGGCCGCUCCAGAGUUACCAGCUUUCGUAAUGCCUGAACUCCCCGCAAUUCAAAUGGUAGAACUAGAAAUUCCCAAGCCUGUUACCCCGUGCCUAGAAGAUGAGCCAAUUCCAGCGCCGAUUCCGGCUUACGUCAAGCCACUCGCACCUGUGCCAGCCGCUCCUGAGUUACCAGUUUUCGUAAUGCCGGAGCUUCCCGCAAUUCAAAUGGUAGAACUAGAAUUGCCCAAGCCAACUGCGCCGAGCCUAGAAGAUGAGAUUCCAGCUUCGAUCCCACUAGCGCCACUACCCGCUGCCCCGGAAUUACCAGCAUUCGUAAUGCCAGGGCUCCCAAUUGAAUCACCCGAACCUGAAAUUGCGCCCAUGCCUUUUAUACCUAUCGCAGCCCUUCAACAACCGUUGCCUGAGUACAAUAUAAUAGACUAUGAACCAAAGCCGAUACCGCAGGCUCCAGAACUGCCCCCUUAUAUGAUGUCAGCAAUGCCAAUUUAUGUAGCAGAUGUGCCCGCUCCCGCAGCGCCGUGCCUAGAAGAACUGACAGCGCCUAUUGUAGCCCCGGAGUAUAUUCGACCUCUAGCACCUUUGCCAGUGGCCCCCGAGUUACCCCCAGCAAGCUUGCCGGAGCUUCCUGCUCUUGUUGAAAUACCUUCACCGCCAGUAAUGAUUUCUCAACCUGAGCCUUGGCUAACUGAAGAAAAAGCGCCGGAGCCAAUCAUCAUUCCCCAACCACCAGCAUUAUCGGAGAUUAAAAUGCCAGAACUUCCUAUCAAAGUGGCAUUCGAGGAGCCAUGUGCACCGGCCGAUAUGCCUCACCCGUUUUACCAAAAACUCUUCCCAAACUAUGUACGAAUUUAUAAUGAUAAAACCAAGGAACCGCAGAACAUUUUGGUUCCCAGCCAACCAAUUGGAUCUACGCCGUGCGUGUAUAACUUAGUAAUGCAACAUGUGAUGCCAAAUAUGUUUUCAAAUAAUUUGAAACCUAUGGAGAAUAUCGAAAACAAACCUGCAUCAUUUUUGCCGUGUUCAUAGAUAUUCCCAGUUUAGUAGAAA